AUGCCCCCGCCGAAUCCCCCACCCAACGACACGUCCAUAUUCGGCACAUACCUCCCACUCUCAGCCCGCCACGGCGUCCAAGCAGCCCGUCGUCUGCCGCACAACUCCGGCCCCAUGUUCAACCCCCACACCCGCAUCAACGAAGCAAUCGACGCCCUAUGCGCAAUCCGUCACUCCAUGUCCGAGCUCGAGACCCAGCACCGCAGCGCUCUCGAGACCAAAGACGCUGAGAUGGCGACCCUCCAGCGGCGCUUCACACGACUAAACACGCUGCACAGGACCACCAAGGCUCGAAUCGACGAAAAAGUCCUGUUGCAGGGCAAACUGCAAAACGACAUGAAGAUAUUGAAGCGGGAAUUCGCGGCCGAGAAGGCGAAGAAGGGUGUUGUCGACCAAGAUUUGGAAAAGCGGUUGGGAGAGGUGCGAGAGGAGAAUGGGUUGUUGACUGCGAAGGUGGCAGGAUUGGAGAAGGAGCUUGCGGAUGAGAGGGCGAGGGGGAAGGAGAAUAGGGAUGCGAAGAGGGAGUUGGAGGUUAUGAAGACGAAGUUGGCGGAUAUAGUUAGUGGGGCGGAGGUUAAGGUUGAGGUUGUUGAGUAG